AUGAGUUGUUACCGGGAAGAAGGGAAGUGUCGCAUUGCAAAAUCUGUGGCUCCUCUGACAUAUGAGACGUUGAUCUGUUUUGGAUGUUCCAGCAACGGCUUAAACCAUGUAAAUAAUAAAUCUCAAAGGCUCGCCUUCCAAAGAGAUUUCCUGGACUGGCUUCAAGCCUCGCCUGGCUUUUCUGUCUGUCUUUGUUCUCGAUGUUCGAGAUUCUAUUUGAGUGAAAGAAACGAUUCUUUGGACCCUGAGGAAGAGGUCAAAGCCAAAACUCGUCGAGGUCGUCCUCCGGUCCGAAGGGGAAUAUCGACUUCACUUUUUUUCGGUCGUGCCAGGCAUAAAUUAAGAUAUACUCAUAGCUCGGACGAGGAGGACCGCCAUGGCCAGACUCAAGACAAAAGGUUCCAAAGGAAGAAGGUCAAGCUGAGGAAGGAGGUAAAGAGAAAGAAAAGUAAAAAGAGGCACAAAUCAAAGAAAGGCACCGCCGACGAAUCUAGGCUCCAAAUCGACGAACUUUGCUUGCCCAUUUUGUCGAGGACCCUCCAGCUCUCCGAAGAGGAUGAAGACCAUGCUGAUGAAGUGGUUGAUGGCGAUAAUGAAGGCCAAGCGAAAAGGGGUACCAGCCGUGAUUCCUCUUGCUUCUCCUCUGGGAGGCCUUUGUGUCUACCCAAACUUGCCUACAGCACGUCCCGAUCAAGACCGAUUUGUCUCGGCAUUGUUCGUGCUCAUUUAGAGAGCUCCAUUGUCGUGGCUGGCUCCGCUUCGCCUCACAAUUGCAUGAUGAUGAUUGGAAGGGUUCCGCCCCGAUCGGCGGGAGACAUCAACCAGAUCAUUUGCCACCACUGCAACGUCGGGUUCGCCUCCUACUCGAAACACAUGGACCAUCUGCGCUACUCCAGUUGUGGGAUCAGACAGCAACGUAUGAAUGACCCUCAUCAAGGUCGAGGGGAACUUUAUACAAACUUUCCAACAAAUCCUGAGCAACCAGCAGAUCGAGGCCCGACCACUUACUGCUACAAGGAAACGCAAGCUAAUUUGAGCCAGAAGGAUCCUUUUAAGAGUUCGUCUACAUCAUUAUCAAGUGGCUCGAGGGUGAGCAACCGAGGCGAGAACCACUUCCACUUGGCAGGCCUACCACAACAGCAACAGCACCAACGUUGUUACAUUAACGACCCUACUUCAUCGCUUACCAAAGGACCCUCGAGUUCCAGCUCUUCGCCCGCUUUGUCGUCUCACAAGAGUCGAGUGUCGGCCCUGAAUAAUUUUGUUCAGCAGCAUUCCAAGAAAGACAUUAUGAUGCUCCCAAAUGCUGAAGGGACGAGCAAAAAGCGGAAGUUGUCCUCUCAAGGCAAUGGUUCGGGAGCCAAGAUGGUACACCACGAAAGGCAUCUAGAUUGGAACUCGACAAUCAGUGCUCAGGCCCAUCACCGUCAUCCGCAGCCCUUCGAGAAACAUUACAACCACGUUGAGCCCAUUGGAAGGAAUAUGUGGCCUCAAAUGGGUUAUGGACCGGGUCCACACCCCCAGAACGGUCAUUUCGUUCAUCAAGCUCACCCCCAUGCUUACCCUAGGAACAUUGCCCAUUGGCAUUCGCUUCACGGCUUCAGAGCUCUGGCUCCAUCUUGGCAGAGGCCCCCGGGACCCCACCCGAUGUGGUCUAAUGAGCAGAUCCCUUACACUGCCGUUUUGAAUCCGCAUCAAUGGCAUCCACCCUCAACCAGCUAUGAGCAUGAAAGUCCAUUUCCAAAUUUGCAUAACAAUCCCCAGUUUUUCAACCGAUCAAUCCGACCCAGACACCUGGACAAUGCUCCCCAAAGGCACGGUUAUGCCGGGUUCGAAGAGAGAGCCUCGGGAUAUUAUAGCAAUGCCGAUGGCAGACACCCUAACCCAGGCCCUAGUCCGCAAUACAAUCCUCAAGUGGAGCCACCGCCUCGACCUUCAUCGGAUGAAGAUGUGAUUCGAGCUGCUGCUGAGGUCAUCGCCCGUGAAAAUGGUCAAUUGAUUCCGGAAGCGCCCUUGACAGCACAAACCAAUCACGAGUCUCUCUUCAACGAAAUCUGCAAUGAAGCCCCUUUGGAAGCCCCGUCUCCCUCUGAGCAUAUCGAUUUUCACGAAGGCUUCACUUUCGACGACCUCGGAGGUUUGAACUCCUUAAUGAGUUUCGUGCACACGGACAAAGAAAAGGAACACUUACGACCUCCCGAUUCCACCGAGGGUCUGAGUACUCUGACUGAGUGGAAAGUACGAAACGACCUGAAAAGUCACGAGGAUCAAUCCAAUCUCGUACAAGACGAUCAGAAUCCUCAUGCGAGCGAGCCGUGCUUGAAAGAAGGCAGUCGUGACCCAAUUCUGACCACGGGGAGCUCCUCAUCCAAUCAUGAAGGAGAUCCCGAGUCUUUGAUGAUUCUGGGGACGAGGGCCACGCUUUUUGACUUCCCGACCACGGACACGUUGCCCUCGUUGGAAAGGGUAUUCAAGGCCAGCGAUGAAAUCAGCUCAGCACUUCCGUCUGUGCGCAUUCAGGAUAGGUCCCAAAAUGAAAUUGACGAGUCGUCGUUGCCAUGUUCCAACCAGGGUCAAAGGAAAGGCCACGAAUUAGAAUCAGCAGAAAAUCAUCUCUUGCGUCAUGGUUCGUCAAAGGACGUCUCAUUCUUGGAGCAGGUUUUCCAACGAAUGAAAUAUGAACGUCUGGCUGCCCAGUCUAGAUAUGCUAUCGCCCGGAUACUCGGCGAAGAGGACUCGCUCAAGCUUGAUCUGAUGUCCAACGAGGUUCCUGAGGUUCUGGACCAAUAUUUGGCGGAGACGCCCACCAAGACCAUUGAAGACAUGCAAUCGUCCUUGGGGGACCCAGUUUUGCCUUCAAGAGCUUCAGGAUCAAAUUUCGAACGUCUUCACGAGGUGCUCAAAGCAAAUAUUGGACGCUUUCUAGAUCUUGUUCUUCCCGAAAGUCAGGAGUGCUCUCAAGUUGAGAGACAGGGCAAGUCUGUGGAGGAAAUUCUUGAAAUUUUAUGCCAACCCAAGUCUGAAGUGGAAGAAGAAGAAGACACGGCCAAGCUCGUUUCCACCUCGGACGGAUCGGCAGCUGAUAGCACCACGAAAUUGUUUUCCAUUCAGAAAAAUGGAAGUGAGAGUGGGGUCUUGGAACAUGAUGAGGGAGAUGAGAUGGUCGACCCACAAGAUGAAAUCAUCACCAAUGAGGAGUUGCCCACCAGGUCAUCGGGGUCGGUCUCCAAAUUAACGGCGGACAUUGCUCGAAGCGUUUUUGUUGAUGCCAACGGUUUGAGGGAUUUUCAAGUCUCGUCUUCUACAGAAUAAAACUCAAAACGCA